AUGGCUCCCACCACCUCUCGAGUCGCGCAGCAGCCUCAGUCGCCCCUCCGAGGCUUGGAGAAGAUACCUGCUCUGGGCCUGGGCACCUGGGUGGCAACUCCCGGAGAAGUGACACAGGCAGUGAAAGUGACAAUAGAUGUGGGAUAUCGGCACUUGGACUGCAUGUGCCUGUACCACAAUGAGAGUGAGUUUGGAGCUGGAAUCCAGUGCAAGAUCAAGGAGGGCGUGGUACAGCAGGAGGACCUCUUCAUGGUCAGUAAGUCCUUUCCCUCGUAACUCUGGUGCACCUGCCAUGAGAAGUCCUUGGUGAGAGCAGCCUGCUCCCAGUCUCUGAAGGCCUCGGAGCUGGAGUACUUGGACCUCUACCUCAUACACUGGCCCAUGGGUUUCAAGCCCAAGGAAAAAGACUUGCCCUUGGACCGCGGUGACAUGCAGAUACCGAGUGACACUGAUUUCCUGGACACGUGGGAGGGAGCGGGGCUCACCAGCAGCGUCUUCAUGCUACUGAUGGGCCCCGUCGGGAAGCUGUAUGACCCAGAGCUCCUCGUGUUCAUAGUCACCAGUGGUCUGAUAAAAUCCUAUGGUGUGGCAAAUUCAGAAGACAAAAGAGAGAAAAUAAAACGGGAACUAAAAGACAAAGUGAAAAAGUGGAGUUUGAAAGUUUGA